GUAGAUGACAAGUACCAAUAUUCUUGUGAAAAUAAAGAUAUUCUAGUUCAUGGAUGGAUAUCUACCGACCAGCAAAUGGGGUUUUGGCUAAUCACACCAAGCAAUGAGUUUCGAUCUGGAGGGCCAGUUAAACAAAAUCUAACUUCUCAUGUCGGUCCAACUGCUCUUGCCGUGUUUCUCAGUGCUCAUUAUUCAGGGGAGGAACUGGUGCCAAAAUUUACUACUGGUGAAAUGUGGAAGAAAGUUUUUGGUCCUGUCUUUAUCUAUCUCAAUUCCGCUAUGAAUGGUGAUGACCCUCUUUCUUUAUGGGAAGAUGCCAAACAGCAGAUGAUUGUUGAAGUUCAAAGUUGGCCUUAUACUUUCCCAGCUUCUGAAGAUUUCCUAAAGUCAGAUCAGAGGGGCAAUGUGAAUGGCAGAUUCCUCGUCCGUGACAGGUAUGUUAAAGAUGAUUAUAUACCAGCGAGUGGUGCUUAUAUUGGCUUGGCUCCACCAGGAGAUGCCGGAUCUUGGCAAAGAGAAUGCAAGGACUAUCAAUUUUGGAGUAGAGCUGACGAAGAUGGCUAUUUUUCCAUUAAUAACAUACGUCUUGGUGACUAUAAUCUUUAUGCUUGGGUUCCUGGAUUUGUUGGAGAUUACAAAUAUGAUGCUAUCUUCAACGUAACUCCAAGUUGUGAUAUUGAUAUGGGUGAUCUUGUUUACGAGCCUCCGAGAAAUGGACCAACUCUAUGGGAAAUAGGCGUUCCUGAUCGUUCUGCGGCAGAGUUCUACAUUCCUGAUCCAAAUCCGAAAUAUAUUAAUAAACUUUUUGUUAACCAUCCAGAUAGGUUCAGGCAAUAUGGGUUAUGGGAAAGAUAUGCAGAAGAAUAUCCAGAUACAGAUUUGGUCUACACGGUUGGCACUAGUGACUAUACUAAAGAUUGGUUCUUCGUACAGGUCAACAGGAAGAUGGAGAACAACACAUAUCAAGGAACAACAUGGCAAAUUAGAUUUAAACUUGAUGUUGUGGAUGAAAGCAGUGGGUAUAAAUUGAGAAUCGCAAUAGCAUCCGCCACAUUAGCGGAACUUCAAGUACGCGUCAACGAUCAAAGUGGAAAGCCAAUAUUUUCAAGCGGAUUGAUAGGGAGAGAUAAUUCAAUUGCAAGACAUGGAGUUCAUGGUCUUUAUUGGUUGUUCAAUGUGGAUGUAGCAGGUACUUGGCUUGUUAAUGGUGAUAAUACAGUCUUCUUAACACAACCCAGAAAUACAAGUCCUUUUCAAGGCAUCAUGUACGACUACAUUCGAUUUGAAGGUCCUUCCUCUUUUUAUCUGAAUAAUUUAAGUAGCAAUAAGGAGAGUUCGGUUCACUGAUUAUUUAGAUAUAACUAGUUUUUCUUAAAUUAUAGAUUAUGUAAUUAAUUUUUCUAAAAAAAUUAUUUAUGUACUAAUCAAUUAAUAUAAAUUAGAUUUAUGAUAA